AUGCCAGGCUCCUUCAUGGACAUCCGUGAACGCCUCAUGGAGGCCAUGCGGUCGCUCGACGUUGUAGAACGCGACGUGCUAUCAUGUCAGACGGUGCUUCACGCCCGCGUUGGUGCUGAGCUUGAGCCUUCCAAUGGUGGAGUCAACAAGUUGUGGGAGGGAAGCGUGGUGGACGCCAAUCUUCAAAUUGUUUCAGCAAGAAGGAAGGAAUUGGGUCGAUUGUGGAGUUUGGAUAUUGUGGAGCUGAAUGGGAGUCCGUUGGUCGAAAUCGAGAGAUUUCUGGAACCACUGCCAUUGCGGGACAUGACAGUCCGAGCAAGCGACAAGCAGACUAGCGAUGAGGCUCCACUCGGUAGAGGUCAAACGCCCCUAGUGAGUCCUCCACAAAAAAUUGUGUUUGCAGAUGUUGAACAGAAAAGGCCUGCCGUGAAACGCAAGAAGAUUCGUCCACGAGAGGGUCUACAAUACACGCCGGGUCAUAUUUCGAGAAUAUUCAAUCCCGAAGAUGCGAUCGAUAGGGUCUCGAGGAGCAAGGUGGUGGUGGAGGUAGAAGAUGAUGUCGAAGACAGUGUGGGAGAAGAAGAGCCUGAGGAACCGAUUCUGAGACCACUCUCGGUCGCGUCCACCGGGAGCAACAUCGCAGUCUACCGUCCGCCGACUCCGAAACCAGAUGAAAUCGCUCAAGCGGUGCCAACGGUGGCUCCUCGCCAGAAGAAGACGCCUCCUAGCAGGCCAGAUGCUCCAAAUGUGAGAAAUUCUUCAAGAAGGAAGCGGCAAACGUCGUCCGACAUCGCGAUCGAGUCGCGAGGGACAAUGGACCUUGAUCAACGAGAUGGAGGAGAGGACAACGACCGGAUCACGUAUGUUGGAUUCGUACCUGACGCUGUGGAGGUACAGGAACCAGUCAGCCAAAAGCGAUUUCGAAGUCCCCCGGGCAGUCCUCUGUUGGGCCAUACCCAUCACUUCUGCCGACAAGCAACCCCACACGGCCACAGACACUUCAGAGCUGUCAUUUGCUACCUCCAACGGUACUGGCCUGUUCAUCAGCGAUAA